AUGGCUUUGACUACGAGACUACCGUCGGCGAAAGUCGAGCCUUUCUAUGGCUUUGUUGAAACUACCGGCGAUGCUUUACGUCUGAUUCAAGCUGCUCGACAGGGCAUCAUUCCGCGCAUUACUCGCCGUCUUAAUGAUCUAGAGAGACGUGCUAUGAUCAGAAGCGGGGCUAUCUUCAUAUUCAGUGAUGAAGAAAGCGGAAUAAAACGCUGGACUGAGGGCCUUUCCUGGUCUGCGUCUCGCAUUGUCGGAAACUUCCUAGUGUACCGCGAAGUGAGCGAUAGAUCUAAUCCGAGGGUUCAACACGAAACACGCAAAGGAUCAAAACGGCGAGGUAACUCGAAUGAGCUCUCUCCAGCAGAACUAGUUGAACAAAAGUUGGCAAAAUCGCUGGUCGGAUGCCUCAGUGACGGAAAUGGACGUUUCAAGCCAAACGGACUCGUUAAAAAGACUAUCACUGUGUGUGUCGAGGGCUCUGAUCACCAUCUCAUCGCCUAUUACAGCCAGGAGGACGUCAGAUUAGGAAAGUUACUUCCUUUGACGUCCCGCGUAGAUAUCUUGGCGCUCGGCAUACCCCCGGAACUGUUAGAAUCGACGAAAUUUCGCAUUCCACCAAUUAUGAGUGUGAUGCGGAGGAGGGAGAACUUCCCCGUCCUGUCAGUAUACCAUUCCCAUCACACCCGCGGGCGUCGAUCCCGCAAGCAAACAUCACACACUAUCUACCACUGCCCCAGAAUAGUAUAA